AUGUCCUCUAGCGAAAAGGUGAUCAUUGUUGGCGGCCACGGAAAUGUAUCUCUCCGGCUGGCUAGGAAGCUCGCUGGAACAAAGUCUGUGACUUCCAUAAUCCGAGAUCCUGCUCAGGAGCAAGACAUUAAGGACGUCUCUGCAACACCACUCAUCCUUUCACUGGAGGACUCGCCUGUGGAAGACUUCACCAAGGCGUUCACAGGGCAGGACGUCGUCUACUUCUCUGCAGGCGCGGGUGGGAACGGUGGUGAGGAGAGGACGAAGAAGGUCGACUACGAGGGGGCCGUGAAGGUCUUUGACGCCAUCGAAGCCGUGGAUGGCACCAAGCCGAGACUCAUUCUCGUGUCGGCCGUGGAUAUUCGAAACCCGGACAAGAUCCCCGAGCAUUAUAACGAUGAGGACAAGGCUCUGUCUGAACGCAUCAGAAAGGUCAUCCCCGCUUACAUGCAUUGGAAAUACGAGGCAGACAAGAACCUCGUCGUCCGCACUGCGUUCAAGUGGACAAUCCUGCGUCCAGGAGGGCUGACAAACGACGCUGGGAAGGAUGUCGCGUCUAUCGGACGAACCCACCUGGGCAAACCCAUUUCGAGAGACGAUGUCGCCACUGUUCUCGCGUUUCUUCUUGAUCGCGAAGACGCAGCUGGCUUAGCAAUCGAUUUGGUUGGAGGCGAGACUCCCAUUACGGAGGGGCUCGAUACAUUUAUCAAGAAGGGUGUCACCGAUUGGCUGGGAUAA